CAAGAUGUGUGAAAUCUAAUUGGCCAUUGAUUACCAGGUCUGGUUGAGUAUCGAUCGUAGAGGAAUGGAAAUCAUUGCUCGACCGUUGGAAAUUGUCGAGGAAUGAUCCAUCACACUAUCACAUCGAACGUCUAUGACAUUGUUCGUAUGGGGUCUGAAAAAGAAAGGAACCAUUGUUCAUGUUUGAGAUAUAGUAGGCAACUAUCUCCCCUAGUCGAGAGACGAAGAUUUUCAGCAAUCAUUCGAUCGUGAUCGGCAUGGUGGCUGUGUAAAACAUGCUCAUUACAGUGUCUUCCUGAUACUCCAGGAAGGAAGAUGAUCCUCCUCGUAAUGGUGGGUAGCUAAGGAAUCCUUCAGAAUUCAGAUG